GCCCAUCCAAUUCGGAAGCGGCAUUGAGGCUACAGAACGGAGUUCCGCGCCUCUCAGCUGGGUUCUCACUUCUCAGCCGCAUUUCCACGAGCACUUGGAAGGCAACGUGUUAUGGGGGCACUCGCUCCUUCACUGGGGACUUUGAUGUUUCUCAUUCCUCAAAGGUUCCAUUUGAUUGAUUCCUCUUACAUAGCUGCUUCCUUUGAUUCCAUUUGAUGUUUUUUAUUCCUCAAAUGGCUGUUACGCCUCCCUUAGUUUUUCGGAUGAAUCAGUUAAACGUAGCCAGAAGCCUGUAUCCUGUUCCGAUCUUUGGCGAUGGCUCAUGCUUUUGUUGGGGAAUAAGAGGGUGGUAUAACAGGGAAUUAUUAUCCUUUCGGUUUGGGUGGUCGCAGCAUCCGAGUCGAUGGAUGACGACCAGCAAACGAGUACAAGACAGAAGCCGGAAGAAGCGGGUUCAUGACCUUGAAAUUGUAACCGAGAAGUGGAAGAUAGCGUCCAAGGUGCUCUUUUUAAUGGAGACUCUUAAAAAAGAGCCUGAGAUGAUCAUUCCCGUUCGGUCGCUUGAGCAAUACCGGAGACAGAUUAAUUUACCCAAGCCCCAUAGGAUUUCGGAUUUCAUUCGGAAAUCACCCAAGCUUUUUGAGCAGUACAAGGAUCAUAAGGGGGUACUGUGGUGUGGGAUGACUGAGAAAGCCGAAGAUUUAAUAAAGGAAGAAGAGAAGAUUCUGGAGCAGCAAGCAGAUAAAGCAGCGGAGUAUGUUACGAGGAUGCUGAUGAUGUCAGUUGGUAAGCGGCUUCCAUUGGAUAAGAUUGCUCAUUUCCGGCGAGAUAUAGGCUUGCCGCUGGAUUUCAGGACCAAUUGGGUACGCAAGUAUCCUCAGCAUUUCAGGGUGGUUAAGUCUGCGGAUGAGAUAGAAUUUUUGGAGCUGGUGUCUUGGAACCCUUCUUGGGCAAUUACAGAGUUGGAGAAGAAGGUAACAGGAAUAACAGAGAACGAUUCUCACAAACCGGGUAUGCUUUCACUCGCAUUCCCCUUGAAAUUCCCCCCAGAGUUUAAAAAGGUAUAUAGAUAUGGCGGGAAAAUCGACCAUUUUCAGAAAAGGUCUUAUUUAUCUCCCUAUGCGGAUGCUCGGGAUCUAAAAGCUGGGUCGCAAGAAUUCGAUAAGAGGGCUGUUGCUGUUAUGCACGAACUACUUAGUUUUACUAUUGAGAAGCGGCUAGUAACUGAUCACCUCACUCACUUCCGACGAGAACUAGUGAUGCCGCAAAAGCUUAUGAGACUUCUUCUGAAGCACGUUGGCAUAUUCUAUGUCUCGGAGAGGGGUAAGCGGUUUAGUGUAUUCUUAACUGAAGCUUAUCAAGGUUCGGAGUUGAUUGAGAAGUGCCCUUUGGUCCUUUGGAAGGAAAAAGUCCAAAGUCUUAUUGGUUACAGAGGAAGGAAGAAGAAAAUAGAGACAUUCAGUGACAUGUCUGAUACCGAAGGUGAUAGUUUGCUCCAGGGUAAUUCUGAGGAGGAGAACUUGCAUGUAGAAUUAGAGAAACAGGAAACCAUGGAUUAUGAGGAUGAUUUACAUUCGGACAACUCUGAUAUGGAAGUUGGCGAGGUUUCCAGUGUGUACGAAAAUUUUUAAGACUUUUUUCUUGAGGUCAUUACAAUUUUUGAAAUUUUCCAUAGUCACUUAUCAUAGAGUAUUAUCUAAUUCACUUGGCUGGAGAAUGUAAAUUUACAUUUGCGGAUGUA